CAACCUUUCAAACUAGAACGUAAUCUGGUUUAGAUACAAUCAUACAAUGCCUCCAUUUCAUUCCACCUCCCCAGUCCGAAACACCACCGACCCCGCUGCCGCUGAUGAAACCGUUUCAUCUCCGUUACGGUCAGAAUACCGGGAAAUCCACACUGAAUCAGGCGACAAAAAUCAUCGCCGCCGGCGUUCUUACAUGAAGCUUCUGAUCAUCAAUUACAUCAUCCUGUUCAUCGGUUCCGUUUCCUCCAGCUUGCUUUCAAAGUUUUAUUUCAACCACAAAGGUAACAGCAAGUGGGUUUCCACCUGGGUACAAUCCGCCGGUUUUCCCCUCCUCCUUUUCCCCAUUUUCCUCCCUUAUUACUCCUUCAAAACCACCAAUCGAAAACCCUUUACCAAAUUCAGCCGGAAAAUACUCCUCCUCUCCGCCGUGGUCGGGUUGUUCUUAGGCCUCAACAAUCUAUUGUUUUCAUGGGGAGUUUCCUAUUUACCCGUUUGGACUUCUUCGCUUCCUCUUUCGACCCAACUCGCGUUCACUUUACUCCUUUCCGUAAUCAUCGUGAAACAGAGAAUCAAUUUCACAAAUCUGAACUGUGUAAUUCUCUUGACUUUGAGUGCAAUUCUGUUAGCCUUGGGUUCGGAUCAUGACAAAGCCGACGGAUUAUCCAAGAAGAAGUAUUUUAUCGGGUUCAUUUCGACGGUCGGGGCGGGUUUAUUGUUUGCCCUGUAUUUACCCGUUAUGGAGCUGAUUUACAGGGAAGUCGAUUGUUAUUCCAUGGUGAUCGAAAUGCAACUGAUCAUGGAGAUCGGAGCGACGAUCCUAGCCACCGCGGGGAUGGCGGCGGACGGCGGGUUUGAGGAAAUGAGGAAUGAAAGCUUGAGGGUGUUCGAUUUGGGGGAGAGGGCUUACUGGUGCGCAAUCUGGUUUAACGUGGUGACGUGGCAGCUCUGCUUCAUGGGCACCGCCGGGAUGGUUUUCUUGACCACGGCGUUGACCGGCGGGAUCUGCAUGACGGCCUUACUCUCGAUGAACGUCAUCGGCGGCGUGGUGGUUUACGGCGACCAUUUUGGUGGGGUGAAAGCGGUGUCCACCGUUCUGUGUGUAUGGGGAUUUUGUUCUUAUGUGCACGGAAUGUAUUUAAGGACGAAGAAGGAGAAGGAAAAGGAAAUCAACGGCGUUAAUGGCAGUGAUGAUCGUAGAGAACAGGCGGUGGAGAUGACGGCGGUGCCUUAGCUGCAUAUUGACAGAGGGGAUGACGAUGAUGAUGUGUGAAGAUUAUUGUAAUUCAGGCACAGAUACUGUUUUCUUAAUUAGUAUAUGUUGUCAUUAUUAGUUAAACCGUAGUAAUAGUGAUUAGUCCGUCAUCAGUCACUUUGUGAUCAGCUGAACGUGUAAGAACUGAUAUGCUUGUUAUUAUUGUGAUAGUAUUACGCAAGGUGUUAAUCCACACUUGCAUUAAUUUUAUCAUAAAUUUUUC